UUUAAUUUUCAAUUAUUUCACCCUCGUUGUAAGCGGGCGAAUUUAUGUUGAUUUUCAAUAUCUAAUAUUAUGUGACUGGGCGAAGUCACGACAGAGUGAAACUGUUUGCAAGUGUAGAAGGACGGAAAUUACACGGGACCAAAAUAACCCUGUAUACAGUAUCUUGAUUAAAAUAAAGAUAUAAAAGCAGUUAUCUAAGAACACCCUUCCUAUUUAAAGAAAGUUUUAUAAAUAAAAGGUUUUUACAAGUUUAAUGGAAAAGGCAUCUAAAAAAAAUCCCCUAUUCCCUUCCGGAUAAGACAUUUUGCAUCUUUGCGGUUUUAACAAGUGCAUGUGAGUUUUACUUUUUUCCCUAUCUGCUUUGGGUUAUUGGGGUGGGGGUGUUUACAAUUGUUUAUAUAAUAAGUAUGACAAAUGCAAGCUAGUUAAAUUUGUAAAUAAUGCACGCUGUUGUAAAACUGCUAAAACAACGUUUUUGUAUUGCAAGUCGACAACUUCGAAAUAAAAAAAAAUCCCUUGAUAUACGUACAUCUUAAAUAUGAUGAAACAAAACUAUCAUGAAUUCAAGUAAUUAAAGAUCAAUUCAAUUAAAUGAGUACAAAUAAACAAUGCAUAUGAAUAUGCACGAAGAUCUUUGAUAGUACAUGUGCCCCAUACCUAUUUUAAAAGAAUUACAACCGAUGUUAAAUAUGAACGCAAUUGAUCACUUAAUCAUAGAAUUAAUAAGAUUAAUGAAUUUGAUUUCCAAAAAUUCAAGGUGUUCAUGUGAAAUUUUAUAAUAUUCGAUAACCUUGACAAACGCUUGUCAACAGAUCUAAAAUUGAUAUACACUCUGCACGCUUCUAAAACAUAUUUUAAGUAAUAUUUUAACAAACAAAAAUUGAUUGUAUCUAAAUGCGAGUUCAUAAACAUUCCAAGUACAUGUAGCUUUCAUGCGGUUUUGUAAAGAUACUAGGAGAAAAAUUGGAAUUGAGAAUACACACGUGUUGUAAAGUUUUCAAUAAUAUAGGUAAAGAACAAACAACCACACACAAGGACAAAUUACAAAUGUAAACGUUUUGAGUUGCUCCUAUUCAUAAUUUUGAAAUCAGUUUCGUUUCACAGGUUCAAAUCUGAUUAGAAACAUUAAAUUCUAGUUCAUGCUUACUGAGUAUUGAUUAAAAAAAAUCAAUAAUCUAUUCGUACUUAUAUACAUCUAUCUUGUUGGGGAAUACAUGUUUAAUUUAGAAAUAAAGCAUCUUUUUAAUUAUUGUGUUUAUAUCAUUUUUCGGGGUAUACCCAUUCUUCACACUUUAGGUAAAUUUCAUUACGAGUAGUAAGUAUAUUACAUACGUUUAAUAAGGUGAGCCCAUUAUUUAUCAAAUUGAUUUAAUCUUAAUUUAUUUAGAAAUAGAAACAGUUAUCGAACAAUAGGUAUUUUUUAAAGUUAUACGUACAUGUACAAAUAUUUAAAUAAAUGUGAAUGUUUUCUUUAAGAACACAUAAAACAAACCAAAAAAUAAAAUUCUUUGUAUAUGUUGCCUUAGAAACAAAACACACGCCAUUUUUGUGCACAGACUAAGAACUUACGCCUACCCAUUAGCAGGCGUAGAUUUAAACCCAAAUUUAGUCCCGACUAAGUUUCCGCCUUUUUGUGAAACGCAACUUAGUCUGGUUUUGAGGUUUAGUCCCUGAUUUAGUCCGGACUAAGCUUACGCCUGGACGUAGGCCUUUUUGAGAAACGGGCCCCAGGGGCUCGUUUCAUAAAGAGGUCUAAGUUUUGGCGUAACUUAGUCCGACUAAAUCAUUUACGCCCAAAAUUUACGCUGGCUUAAAAUGCAUUUCAUAAAGCUGCGUAAAUGAAGGCGUAAAUCUUGAGAUGUAGGUCACACUUAGUCCGCCAAUGUGAGCAUGCGCGAAGUGUGUGCGUGGUGGAACACAAUACUGAAUAAAAAAUAUUAUUAUAGUAACAGUUUAAGUGUAUUAUUCUUCUCGAUCUGCCCGUACACUAAAUGAAUAUUUUAACGAUUCAAUGCAGUCAUCAGUAUACUCUAACAAAUAUACAGCUGUAUAGCCAUGUAAUGUUCAGUAUAUACAUAUGUAUGUACAGAUGAAACAGAUGAAAUUGUUAUAAUUUCAUAUUUACACGAAUAUAGAUUUAAUUUAAAACUUUAAAUUGGUGUAAACUUGCACAAAUACACUUUUAUAAUAAUGAUAUACCAGUAUUUCUGAAAGCUGAAACACACGGGGGGGGGACAAUUCUAAAUAGUAUUUUAAGAAAAAAAUAUACAAAAUAAUUAAUAAAUUAGAACAUGUAGUUACAUUGCAUUUAAAAGAGAGAGAACAAUGAAUUGUUAAAUUCUUAAAAGAAGAAAGAGAGGGAGAGAGUGAGAAAGAAAAAAAGGAGAGAAAGAGAGAUGGUACAGAACACAAUUCGGAGAAAGUGAGAGAGAAAAAAUAAUUCAUAUGUUGGUAAUUAUGUAAAAGAGAGAGAAAAUAAUUAAUACAAUUCUUAGAGAGAGAGAGAGAGAGAGAGAGAGAGAGAGAGAGAGAGAGAUUGUUCACAUUAGCUACUACAACGUGAAUCAAAAUUUUGUAUGUUCUCGUGUAUUUUCCAAUUUGCCUCACAUUUACAUGUGAAUUACAUAUUUUGACGAUUCUCUUAAGUUAUAAGUUUCAAGAGAUGAAUUUCGGUCGUGUCAAAAAAUUGUCGUCUGCAUCUUUUCAUUACCGAUUAAACAUCAUGGCUGAAAGUCAGAAAAAGGCAUCGAAGAGAAAACCAAAUUGGUCUGAUGAAGAACUUCAGAUCAUGGCAUCCUGUGUUCGAGAAAAUCGCGAAAUUUUAUUUGGGAAAUUUUCUUCAAGUGUAACUUCGGAAAAGAGGAAAGCGGUCUGGAAUGACAUAACACGCCAGUAAGUUGGAAUAUUUACAGCAGACUAUUUCUUACGAACUAAAGUGCCUCAUCUUGAAGUACUGCAUGAAAAUGUUAAUAAAUUAUUUAGUAAUUAUUUAAAAAUACAACUAUAAAGACAUUUUAAGAUAAAAAUGAAAAUAAAAACGAGCAUUUUAUUAAAAUGAAUUCAAUUAAAAAACAUCAAUUUGUAAAGAAAUAUUAUAUGGGUGUUUCAAGAUUUAUCAAAUAAGCACAGUUUGAAGUGUGAUUUUUAAAGUUCAUCUACAAAAUCAGCGUAAAUACAUUUAAUGCCUAGAUCAAAGGUGUUAGGAGCCGGGUGCGCCUCCCCCUUCCACCUGUCACUGCAUAGUUUUUUAAAAUUUGAAUGCCAAAAUAAUGAUAGCACAUUGGAUCGAUCCUCCUCAAAGAAUGCUUUAAUCAUUUGAACUUCCUAAGAUAUAGAUAUACAUAUUAUGUAUGCAUAAGUAUUAAAUACACUUAAUAACAUUAUAUAAACAGUUUACUCGCCUCCCCCCCCCCUUAAACACACACGCGCGCACACACACACACACACACACACACACACACACACACUUUUCUCCUCAAAAAUAAGAGAAAAUAGCGAAAUGACUUCAUUGAAAUAUAUAUAUAUAUAUAUAUACCUUUUCUUUGUUUGUUUGAGUUACAUGUGCUUUGGUAGUGUUAGAUAGGGUAGGUGCAAAUUAAAACUUGGUAAAGCCCCCCCCCCCCCGGGGGGUGGGGGGGGUAGUAGUAAUUGAUCCACUUGCUCCACCCCCUCCUAUGUCGUGAAAUUUGCUUCUACUUAGGAAAAUAUUACAUGUAAUGAAAAACUAUGUUUUUAUUUUUCAAGAAUCAAUGCAGUCUCCAUAACCUGUGGUACGCGGGAGGCAGAAGAGGUGAAGAAGAGAUGGAAAGACGCAAAGAUGUCGGUGAAAAAAAAAGAAGCCACAAGAAAGAAUAUUGUGAAGAGGACUGGGGGCGGGCCUCCACCUGAUAUAGGUUUCAAACCCUGGGAGUUGGAUGUUCUUUCCCUGAUCCCAGAGGAAACCAUUUCGGGUAUCGAAGGGGCUGUUGAUACGGCGCAAAAACCGAGCCCUUCUGAGAAUGAAGCAGGAUGUUCCAGGUCCAGUCAAGCCACCGAAAGUUCGAUCGUUGAACAACCUUUUGUCAUCAAAGAAGUUGAAUUGCCAGAAUUUGAAACGGAGACAGCCCCAGAAGAGCCACCAGAAGAGGGAGAGAAAAUCAACAGUGACAGGAGAAUCUUGAAACCAUCGUCCCAAAAAAAGAAGAAGGCGCCAAAGGAUCAACUAAUGGGUGAACUUGUGGAAAUAAAACGACGUCGUGUUGAAAUCGAAGAGAGAAAAGCGCUGGCUUUUGAACGAAUUGCCUCAGCAUUAGAAAUGAAGAAAAAUAAUAAAAUUGAAACAAAUGAUGAAUGA